UUGAAUCAUAUUUCAUCCACACAUAGAUUUCGCAGUUUCCUUCUACGCCUGCAACUACCCAAAGUUGCUACGCGUGCAUGUAUAUGGACAUUAUCUUUAUCCUCUUCCUCAUCUUUCUCUCAUCUUUCCUCUCAUAUCCAUUCAUCAAGAAAUACAAUAAACACGAAACCAUAGCCAAACCUAAACUUCCCCCAGGUUCAUUGGGUUGGCCUUAUAUAGGAGAAACUUUUCAACUCUACUCUCAACACCCUAACAUCUUCUUUGCUUCUAAGCAAAAAAGAUAUGGAGAAAUAUUUAAGACACACAUAUUAGGAUGUCCAUGUGUGAUGUUAACAAGUCCUGAGGCUGCAAGAUUUGUGUUGGUGACUCAUUCUCAUUUGUUUAAGCCUACAUACCCCAAAAGCAAAGAGAAACUUAUUGGUUCUUCUGCAUUAUUCUUUCACCAAGGAGAUUACCACACUCGCAUCAGAAAACUCGUUCAAAACUCUCUUGCUCCUGAAUCAAUCAAGAAAUUGAUCCCUGAUAUUGAAAAUGAAGUCAUUUCCUCAUUAGAAUCCUGGGUUUCUAUUGGACAAGUCAUCAACGCUUUCCAUGAAAUGAAAAAGUUCUCUUUCAAUGUCGGGAUCCUCUCUGUCUUUGGUAACUUGGAAGGCAAUUAUAGAGAACAGCUUAAGGAGAAUUACUGCAUAGUAGAGAAAGGUUACAAUUCUUUCCCAAAUAAGAUACCCGGAACAUCAUACUCCAAAGCUCUUUUGGCGAGGCGGCGAAUUCAAGAGAUUAUAAGUGAGAUAAUUUGCAAGAGAAAGGAGCAAAGAUUGAAUGAGAAGGAUCUAUUAGGCCAUUUGUUAAACUACAAGGAUGAAAAAGGGAAAAUGUUAAGUGAUGAGGAAGUUGCUGAUAAUGUGAUUGGAGUACUAUUUGCAGCUCAAGAUACUACAGCAAGUGUUCUUACUUGGAUUCUCAAGUAUCUUCAUGAUCACCAGAAACUUCUUGAAGCCAUAAAAGCUGAGCAGAUGGCAGUAUGUGAUACCAAUGAUGGAGGGAAGAUUCCAUUGACAUGGGGUCAGAUAAAAAAUAUGCCACUAACUCACAAGGUAAUAUUGGAAAGCCUAAGGAUGUCAAGCAUCAUAUCAUUUACUUUUAGGGAAGCUGUGGUUGAUGUAGUAUACAAGGGAUAUUUAAUACCAAAGGGUUGGAAAGUAAUGCCACUGUUCAGAAACAUCCAUCAUAAUCCAGAAUUCUACCCUGCUCCUCAUAAUUUUGACCCAUCAAGAUUUGAGUUUGCUCCAAAGCCCAAUACUUUUAUGCCAUUUGGCAAUGGAGUGCACUCAUGUCCAGGAAAUGAGCUAGCCAAAUUGAACAUGUUGAUUUUAAUCCAUCAUCUAGUAACCAAAUUUAGGUGGGAGGUAGUGGGAUAUCAAAGUGGAAUCCAAUAUAGCCCAUUCCCAAUCCCUCAGCAAGGUCUACCCACAAGAUUUUGGAGAAUCAAAUAGAGUCAAAGAAGACUAUUAUAUGAUGAUAAAAUCUAUAUAACUUUUUUUAGUUAUUCCUUGCCACCCCAACAUUGAUCUCAAUUGAUUCUCUCUUUUAGGGAGAGUAUAGUCUCUAGUUAGUCUCCGAGUACCAUCAUACCUAUGCUUAGAACAAAAGAAAAAACAUCAUACUUGUAAAGGGUGGCAUAGCAAAAUUAGGUACCAUAUCAAUUAAUCCGAGUAUGUAAGUGGUAGUAAUAAAACUAAAUGUGUUAUCAACUUAUAUUUUUGUUUUGGAGCUCUAUUGAAUGCUUCAAAAAUCUUCUGUAAUUUUAUUUUCAUAAUAAAAAACUUUUGUAAUUUGAA